CGUGGCGGAAAUUUGCAUCAUCAGCACUGGCUACACGCGACAUCUCAUAUCAUGUUUGACAAGUUUUGUUCGGAUUUAUGAUACACUUUCUGAUGUUCCGGCAUAAAUCGAAUUAACACUAAUUUAACAGGCUUCCUCAAACUACAAGAAAACAUGCUGCUCUUCUGUCCUACUUGUGGCAAUGUGCUGAUUGUCGAGGAGGGACAGCGAUGCUACAGAUUUGCCUGCAACACAUGUCCUUACGUUCACAACAUCACGAGAAAGGUAAACAACAGGAAGUAUCCUAAAUUGAAAGAGGUGGAUGAUGUGCUUGGUGGAGCUAAAGCUUGGGAGAACGUCGACUCCACACCAGAAACCUGUCCGAAGUGUGAGCACCCCAGGGCGUACUUCAUGCAGAUCCAGACGCGGUCAGCUGAUGAGCCCAUGACCACCUUCUACAAGUGCUGCAACAUCCAGUGUGGACACCGGUGGAGAGAGUAACGCCUCAGUGUGGUAGCCUACGCUGUUAAUGUUUAAAAUGUAAAUACAAAACAAUAUUUAUGCAGGGAUACGAUUUGGUCACUGUCUUUUGCUUUUCCCGCAAGACAUAUGGUGUGCUUUUGGUUUUCCUUCCUAUUCCUAGUGAUUUGCUUUUAACAUUGUUUAUCUCCUUAUUCCAUGUCUCACGAGCUCCAAGCACACAACAUAAAAGAGUUUUGGCUGAAACUAACCAAAUUGUGAUAUGGUGUUGUGUUACGAGUAUCUCUGGACAGGUCAUGCACUUUGCUGCAAAACCCAUUAGUCAACAAAAACAACAACACUACCAUGCGCAAAGCCGACCCAUGGACCUGAAGUGGAUUCAAUGACAAAGUUCUAUGUAGUAUUAGAAUAUCAGGUGCCAAAUGCAGCUAAAAGCAGUUCCAAGCAUGGUGACAUGUGGGGUUCAUGAUCUUGAAUGAGUUAAGAUUGAAAGUUAAGUGGAUUGUGAUUUUGAUGUGCGAGUACUGUGUAUGCGGUAGAACUCAUCAGAAGAGGUACCCUUUGUAAUAUUUUAUUGCUCUUUUGUUAUUUAAAAGUUACACUUUUUCAUGUAUUUCAACCUCUAAAACAUGCAAUAAAAGGGAAAAAAAAUAA